AAAUAAACUCUACAACUCUACUCUUUAAGCCACUUGUAACUACUGUGUGGGAAGCCUGCGCUCAAUUCUUUUUUAUAGCCUUUUUGACAGCUUUCAAUAGAGAGUGUUAUCAUUUUGUGUAUUGGGAUAAAUCAGUGUAAGAACUGGAGGCUUGUUAAACAGCCAGACACGUCACACUUGAGCAUUGUUCUGGGCAUUUAAAACAGUAAUUAGAUGUCUUCUCUGCACCUAGUUCUCAUGAAGUCAACUGUGCAAGGAAUCUCUCUCUUCAUCAAAGGACAGUUUAUGUAUUACAGUCAUUUGUUUGGGGUUUUGUUUUCUCGUUUUGUUUGUACUUUUAUUGUUUUUUGAGGCAGACGCUUGUUCAAUAGUCCAGGCUUUCCUUGACCCAGACAGUCUGGGCUGCAAUGCACAAUAGUCCUACUAAUCCUUCUGCCUCAGCCUUCUGGUUGUUGGAGUGACAAGUACGAGCUCCCAUUUCUGGCUCCACAUAUUUGUUUAAACUCCUUGACACUGUUUCCUUCACAUGCACCCUUUGUGAAACUGGACACUAGGCAUGGCAGUUAUGUAGAUAAUUAGUACUGUCAUGUGUACUCACAUGCCACUGAAAAAACAUGUACGUGUAAGAAUGCAUCGUUGGUUCUUAGGAGGACCUUAAGUUUUUAAUAUUUAUUUCAAAUAAAUCUAUGUCAAUGUUUAAAAUGAUACUUUCUCCAAACCCCCAUAUGACAAUAAACCCCUAUUUCAAAGAACAAACAAAAGUAAAUCUACCUUUUGUAAAUUGUGAAGUGAAUUAAAAAUAAAGUACAAAUAAAAAUCAGUAUUUAUGCUUCAAAGUUAAUUCAUGAGAAAAAUCCAUAGUUCAGGAUCUUUUUCCUCCCUCCCUCCCUUCUUCCCUCCCUCCCUCCCUCCCUCCCUUCUUUCCUUCCUUCCCUCUCUCCUUCUCUUCCUUUCUCUCUUCUUGUCCCCUCCUUUCCUCCUUCCCCCUUUACUUCCUCUUGCUCUUUCUCUCUUAAAAUUUAGCCCUAACUAAAUUCUCAGCAACUUGUUUUCUCUUUUUUUAUUUGGAGUUGAAUUGGGUAUAAAUCCAAUAAACCAGCAAGUGUGAACCCAGACUGGAGUUAGAUAGAAAAAAUCACUUUUAUACUUACAAUGGAGCCUUAAAACGUUGGCAUUCCAGUUCCCAUUGCAACAAACAUCAGGGAAUGAAAGAAAAGCCUUCCUAACUACUCAGUUCAUCUUUAACUCACUGCAAAAUCAGGCUCAUUAAUGACUCAUAGUUUUAUGCAAUUGUACCAGUUUUGUGUUCUGUUCUGUUCUGUCCUGUCCUGUCCUGUCCUGUCCUGUCCUGUCCUGUCCUGUCCUGUCCUGUCGUCCUGCUUUAUUUUGUUGAAACUGAAUCUCACAAUGUAGACUUGGCUGGCCUUGGACUCACAGAAAUCUGCCUGCCUCUGCUCGGCUCCAUACCACAUUUAAUAGGCCCUGCUAGAGUCAUUGUAUUGAAAGGUUCAGGUAGAUACCAAAUAGUGGACGAAUAGUGUGUUAUGAAUGCAGCACCUUAUGCAAUAAAUAGUUAGCCUUGGCCAGGGCCUCCACCUUCUCGCCCAUUUCUUUUCAUAUUUAUUUUGUUUUUGUUGUUUUGGAUUCUCCUCUUUCUUUUAGAUGUAUCUUAAUGUUUUGCCUGCAUGUAUAUAUGUGCACUAAGUGUGUGUCUGAUGUCCUUGAAUGUCAGAAGAAGGACUUGAAUUCCCUGCAACUGGAAUUACAGGUGGUUGUGAGCCACCAUGUAGGUGUACGGAAUUGAAACCUGGUCUUCGGCAGGAACCAUUGCCUACCUAUCCUCCAUGAUCCAUUUUUAAGUUUACAUAGCUUAGUUUUGGUAUGAACCAUGAUGGAAUUGGAAAUUCUUGUGGGACGAAAGGUCAUGAGGCAGCAAAACUUAUGGCAGCUCAUAUCACAGCAAAUACCAAUCCCUUCUCCUGGUCUGCCUGCAGCAGAGACUACAUCACCAGCUUUCUAGAUUCAGGCCGUGGUACUUGCCUUGAUAAUGAGCCUCCAAAGCGUGACUUUCUUUACCCAGCUGUGGCCCCAGGUCAGGUGUAUGAUGCUGACGAACAGUGCCGUUUCCAGUACGGAGCAACGUCCCGCCAAUGCAAAUAUGGGGAAGUGUGUAGAGAGCUCUGGUGUCUCAGCAAAAGCAACCGCUGUGUCACCAACAGUAUUCCAGCUGCUGAGGGGACCCUGUGCCAGACGGGGAACAUUGAAAAGGGGUGGUGUUAUCAGGGAGAUUGUGUUCCUUUUGGCACUUGGCCCCAGAGCAUAGAUGGGGGCUGGGGUUCCUGGUCCCUGUGGGGCGAGUGCAGCAGGACCUGUGGAGGAGGAGUCUCUUCAUCCCUCAGACACUGUGACAGCCCAGCACCUUCUGGAGGUGGAAAAUAUUGCCUUGGGGAAAGGAAACGCUACCGCUCUUGCAACACAGAUCCAUGCCCUUUGGGUUCCCGAGAUUUUCGAGAAAAACAGUGUGCAGACUUUGACAGUAUGCCUUUCCGGGGAAAGCAUUAUAACUGGAAACCCUAUACUGGAGGUGGGGUAAAACCUUGUGCAUUAAACUGCCUGGCUGAAGGCUACAAUUUCUACACGGAGCGAGCCCCUGCUGUGAUAGAUGGGACCCAGUGCAAUGCGGACUCACUGGACAUCUGUAUCAACGGAGAGUGCAAGCACGUAGGUUGUGAUAAUAUUUUGGGAUCUGAUGCUAGGGAAGAUAGGUGCCGAGUCUGUGGUGGGGACGGAAGCACCUGUGAUGCCAUUGAAGGGUUCUUCAAUGACUCAUUGCCCAGAGGAGGUUAUUUGGAAGUGGUUCAGAUACCAAGAGGCUCUGUUCACAUUGAAGUAAGAGAAGUUUCCAUGUCAAAAAAUUACAUUGCUUUAAAAUCUGAAGGGGAUGAUUACUAUAUUAAUGGUGCCUGGACUAUUGACUGGCCUAGGAAAUUUGAUGUUUCUGGGACAGCUUUUCACUACAAGAGACCAACAGAUGAACCAGAAUCCUUGGAAGCUCUGGGACCCACCUCUGAGAACCUCAUUGUAAUGGUUCUCCUCCAAGAACAGAAUUUGGGAAUUAGGUACAAGUUCAAUGUUCCCAUCGUUCGUACUGGCAGUGGAGAUAAUGAAGUUGGCUUCAUGUGGACUCACCAGCCCUGGGCCGAGUGCUCUGCUACUUGUGCUGGAGGUGUCCAAAAACAAGAAGUGGUCUGUAAAAGAUUGGAUGACAACUCCAUUGUCCAGAACAAUUUCUGUGACCCUGACAGUAAACCACCGGAAAAUCAAAGAGCCUGCAGCACUGAGCCUUGCCCACCUGAAUGGUUCAUUGGUGACUGGCUAGAGUGCAGCAAGACUUGUGAUGGUGGGAUGCGCACAAGGGCCGUGCUCUGCAUCAGGAAAGUUGGACCUUCUGAGGAGGAAACACUGGACUACAGUGACUGUUUAACACACCGGCCUGUGGAGAAAGAGUCCUGCAACAACCAGUCAUGUCCACCUCAGUGGGUAGCUUUGGACUGGUCUGAAUGUACUCCAAAAUGUGGUUCAGGAUUCAAGCAUCGGAUUGUUCUGUGCAAGAGCAGUGACCUUUCUAAAACGUUCCCAGCUGCGCAAUGUCCAGAGGAGAGCAAGCCUCCUGCUCGCAUCCGCUGUAGUCUGGGCCGCUGCCCUCCUCCCCGCUGGGUGACAGGAGACUGGGGCCAGUGCUCUGCUCAGUGCGGCCUUGGACAGCAGAUGCGCACUGUCCAGUGCCUCUCCUAUACUGGACAGGCAUCUGUUGACUGCCCAGAAGCUGUUCGGCCUCCAUCCAUGCAGCAGUGUGACAGCAAAUGUGAUAGCACCCCUCUCUCCAGUACUGAAGAGUGCAAAGAUGUGAACAAAGUGGCAUAUUGCCCACUGGUGCUGAAGUUCAAGUUCUGCAGCCGCGCAUACUUCAGACAGAUGUGUUGUAAGACCUGCCAAGGACACUGACCCGCAGAGAGCCAGACAGUCCUGUCAUUUCAUCAUGGAAACCCGUCCGUCAACGAGAGCCACCCAGAGGAAGCGGAUGGAUGUUCUUACAAAAGCAUUACCCUGUGGAAAAUGUAACCACUGGUCAGCCCCAGCUGACAGGAUUUCAAUAUUAUUUUAACUUCUGUGAAGUGGGAUUUAUUGAUCCAAAGUGCUGGACACGGUAUCAGGAGGGAGAUCUGAGAGAUCCAAACAACACAGGAAACUCACUUACUGUGGAACGUUUGUGUUCUUUCGAGUAAAUCUAACAGCCUGUUUACCUCCUUGGACCAUUAAGAUAAUUUUUAUUAUGGACUUAGCAAUGACACUGAAUCCAUUUGUAUUUAAGACUGUUUAAAAUGUAGUUAUUAUGACUUGGUUAACUAUGAAAGUAGAAGAGAGUCAGAAUUCUUAAGUCAUAGCUUAAAAAUAUUUACUACCCUUUAUCGCACCACAAUAGCACCAAACUUAAAUUAUAAAAUGGGCUUUAAACUGUAAUUUAAGAAACAACUAUAAAUCAAAAGUAAUGAAAGUUUGUAUUAUUUUUCUCUGUCCCACUUACUUUCCUUAGGAGUAACCCCUGUUCUGAACACUGCUGUGAGCCCUGUAUAAACUCCAGUAACAGUGAGGGCUUGGCUUGAAGCCGCGCAGCCAUUGCUGCAGCUGCGCAUGUCUAUAAACUCAGUGGCCAGCUUGCCGUCGUGCAAGUGAAGCUGAGAUUUCCAUUAAAACUUUAAGAGAGAAACAUUUCAAUUUCAUGCAGAAGCCAGACCUAGGCUAUGGCAGAGACUGAAGCACCAUGCCCUUUGCAGCCAUCACGUGGGGUGCCGUACUCGAGUCACCCGGACUCCUUAGUGUUUACAUCCCCACCAGCCACAGAUCAGCUUCUGCCCUACUGGGCUGUUGCAUGCAUGGUAAGCUCAUGGCGACAAUGCCAUGGGAAAGAUAAGCUCGCUCAGUAACAGCCACUUGCUGACAGCACGAUGGGUUCCAGAUGUCCCUUCUUUGAUAUGGUAGAAGGGCAUUUAUUUAUAUGAGAGCAAGUGUAUACGUGUGUGUAUGUGUGUGUGUGUGCAGACACUCCUGAGUGGGGGAAACAGGUGAGUUUGCUUGCAUAUAAAUGUGCUGUUUCUGUGAGUUUUAAAGUCGGGGAGGAUAACAACCAAAGAAGAAAAGCUCCACGAAGAGAGAUCACAAUAUAAAUUUAAAAGUCACUUGACCACAUCAUUUUUACAGAUAGUCUCAAUGGCAAUUAAAUGUGAAACCCAGUUUCCUGGGCGUGUCAGGUUCUAAAAAUCACACUUUACUGAACUGAAAUGACUAGCCUGGGUCUUCCCAUCUCCAAGCUUCACAAGUUGCCAUCAAAAGAUUCGACAAGUAGAUUUUUAAGGGUACUUGCUUACGCUAAUACUUCGUACUUGAACAUUUGUAAUUUGUAGUAGGUUGUUGGUGAAUGUGCUUUCUGUCGAGCACACCUCCUUAGUCCUUCACAUGUGUGCCCCAUACACACAGCAUCGUCUAAAACAAACUAAACACCUACAUGGUAACAAAGAGAAUAUUUUCAUUUAAGAGCAUGUCUCACUUAUCUACCACUGUGCUCUGAAGAUAGAUUUUGGUGUGUCACCUAUGUGGUGACCUUAGAAAGGCUGUCACCAAAGGCCUCCUCGGCUUCUUACUUGCUAUGUACAGUUGGCCUGGAUGCUAGCCCACAGUCCAGUGUGACCAGCCAUAUCUCAUUCCCUGCUUCUUCCUCAGUAUCAUCCCCACGUUUUCCAGAGGAGGCCAACACCUCCAUAUAACUGCCCUGAGAAGACCAGCCUGAGUGCCAUCACCGCCAUUCCAGUAAAGUAAGGCAACACAUGGGAGCCUGGCCCAGACUUGAAUUCCCUUGGUCCUUUUCAAAGGACAGUUAACUUGGUGCUAAUGUGCCUGGUAAAAUAUAGGAAGACUGGCGAUCGCCGAGGCAGUUUACACAUAGGCUUGCUAUCCAGAUCUGAUAUUUUUUAAUCAACUUUAAUACUAACUCAUGCUUAUAUUCCAAGAAGAUUUCCUACAGUACUUGUAGAAAGCUGUAUUUACCUCACUUGGAAGCUAACACCGCAAGGGCUGACUCCCAGGUACUGUGCUUAGCUAGGAUAAGAGAUCAGCCUGAGCUCUCCACAGGAAGUGCAUUGGCAUUGCUGACAGGCUACUGCCAGGGGCAGCACAGCCUUCCUUCUGUGGGGGAAGCAAAGCAUGGGUAUAACAGGAUUCAACAUUCUCAAGGAGACCCUGAACUUAAUCCUGAGCAGGUUACACAGAGCAGAGAGCAUCUUCCAUAGCACAGCACACCACCACUGCUACUGCAGCCAUCUCUGUCCUACAAGGUGGCAGGGAUCAGCAGCGGAGGCCGGGCUGCCUUGGCAAGCACUCCAAGUGUUAUGAGCUGUAUUGACUACUUAGGGUACCAGGGUACCCAUGGUUAGGAGCAGUGUCUGCCACUGGCAUAAAGGCCUCCCAAAAAAAGGAAUGUUAAAUAUACCCAAAUGAUUGAACCCCUAAAGGCAGGUAUGACUUCCCAAUAGUCCAUUUAAUUAGGAAUUUAUGUAUUUGAGUGAAUGUCUUAUAGGUAUCGUUAAUAAUACAGAACAAAAUUACCUUUGUAUUAUUGUGACUAGUUGUUGCUUAUUAUUUUAUACUCGGUAUUAAUGUGGUACACUGUUACUAUUUUUGCUUUUGUAAAUUAUAUUCUAAUUUAUUGCCAUGUUUCCUAACACCUGUCCUUUAUUCAUUCUCCUGCUCGUAAUGGAAAUGAAAGUCAUUGCAACACUUGAUGGAGUGAAAUUUCAUACCAGGCACAGAUGUUUUUUAACAUAGAUAAUUCAGUAAAUAAUAAAAUCUUCAGCUUGUAAAAGUGAUGCAGAUGAA